GAUCCAUUCGAAACCCUAAUAAAAUUUUCUCGUUCAUAAUUACCACCAUUUGUCUUCUUUGAAGCGCCGCCGCUUUCUUCUUCGGUUCUGCGAGUUCAUCGUUUGGAUCUCGGAACAACAAAUGGCGCCCAAAAAGGAAAAGGCUCCACCUCCGUCCUCGAAGCCGGCGAAAUCUGGCGGAGGAAAGCAGAAGAAGAAGAAGUGGAGCAAGGGAAAGCAGAAGGAGAAGGUGAAUAACGCUGUUCUUUUUGAUCAGGCAAGCUAUGACAAGAUGCUCUCUGAGGUUCCCAAGUACAAGCAGAUCACCCCUUCUGUGCUAUCUGAGAGAUUGCGGAUCAAUGGAUCGUUAGCUAGGAGAGCCAUCAAGGAUCUGAUGGCAAGGGGUGCUAUAAGGAUGGUUUCCGCUCAUGCCAGCCAACAGAUUUAUACUAGAGCCACAAAUACCUAGGAGGUCAUGUUCCUCGGAAAUUAGUAUGUUCAAUUAUGUGUUCUCUAUGAUAUUUGAGCACUUUGUCAUUUUCACUUUUUGUUGCUUUGUUUAGCAAAAGUCCUUUGAGUUAAUGCUUCAUGUACCGACUAAGUUGUUUUUGAACAUGUAUCACAUUUUUCUAAGUUGUCCAACUUUUUCCCAUUCAACUAAACAUUCUACUUAAGAUCUCAA